ACCAUCACAGAUAAAUUAAUAGAUAAUAUUAGAAAUAUAUUUUUUGGUGAUGUUUCCCAUAUUGAUGAUUUUGGAACAUUUUUUAAAGAAGUUCAAAUAGAAGAAAUCGAAGUCAAAUGGAAUAGAUUUGGUCAAACAACCAAUGAUAAAAAAGCUUCUAAAGCUCCUAGAAUGAAAUUGAGAGGGAUAUAUUCAGAAUUUGGUUUUAGAAUCAUGUUGAACGCAACUAGUAAAGAUUACAGUGACUUUAAAGUUUACAAACCACCAGGACCUUUUAUCGUAACUUUAACAUUCUUGGCUUGUAAAGAUGUUAAAAACUCUGUAGAUAGACCAAUCAAUAUCAACGCAAAGACCAAAGAAGUUCAGAAUUUCUGUGUAUGUGAACUGUAUGAAUAUACUUUUAAAAUACCAAUGUAUAUGGCCCAUGAUGGGUCACAAGAACCUAAAAAAGAUUCUGGAAUGCCAUUUUGCUUACCUGAAAAACCCACAUCAGAUAGAAUCCUUUCUUUUGGUUGCGAUAAACAAAAAGGUGGAUUUAGUUUGAAUAUCGCUUGGAUAGUAACGAUAACUGUAGAUCCUUCAGCCUUACAAGAAAAAAUUGAAAAUACACUCUUGGCUAACACGACUACAAACAAAGAUGAACCUAUCGAUCUAGAAGAUGCAUUAUUUUUUGAAAUAGAACAAAAUAUGGAUAACCUACAAAAUCUCAGAUUAACUGGUGGUACUGCAUUACAACAACUUAUCAAUGCUAUAAAAGCAAAUAACCCUAUUCUUUCUCAACCUAAUAAAUCUAUCAAAGAAAAAGAAAAGCUUGUAGAUUUGAAACCAGGUAGCCAUUUUUAUAAUUUGAUACACAAGGAUAUACGUUUAAACAAGUAUAUGGUCUCAGAUUUGGAUGAGGAAAUUCGUGUUUGUGGAUCAAUAUUAAUUCAAAAAUUUAAAGAGAAAAUUUAUAAUGAAAAAGAUUAUAAUCAG